AUGGCAUCAUUGCAAGUAGGCAAAUCAAUCAUGGGCAGUGAACGUACCUCUCUGUGCGCUGCCGUCAGCCGACAAGGCAGUUCUUGUAGGAAGCUUGGGGCUUGCCUGUCGUCUUGGAAGGCUGGCAGCAGAAGGUUCAAGUGCAGUCGCGUGCUCAGUAAGUCUUGGAUAGAAUUGUCAUAUCGAACCACAAUGGAUUUACCGAUCAAUCGAGACGCCAAGAUGAAAGUCAUCAUUGCAAUGGGGUUGAAAUUGUAUCGAGUACUUACCCAACUUGGAACAGACCAAGGUAGUGCUGGCGAUGCGAAUCCUAGUUGCGAAAGGUUAGCAGCAGCCAGGAAGGAAGCUCACGAGAAGCAAAGCGGGUUAUUGACGAUGGGACUUUUUUCAAUUGAGACCUCGUUCGGUCUCGGUCCGCUCUUCUGCUGUCUGGACUUUUGCACUCACCGUUUCAUGUGGUGUUGGCUGAAGGGCGGCGGGAUCGAAGGGAUACAGGCGAUUAGUAAAUAG